GAAAACACUAACAAGAAUGAAAGCGGCGUGUUGGUACGUCUGAAAAGCGUGAGAAGUGAGAAGUGAGAAUGGUAGGACCAGGAGUAGGACGGUGCCUGCUGGUUACGGGGCCGCCGGGCGUGGGCAAAACUACUCUAAUCGUUCGGGUUUUUGAGAUGCUUAAAUCCUCCAACCCUAACUUGAAGAUCCAAGGCUUCUACACUCGAGAAAUCAGGCAAGGAAGCCACCGUGUUGGCUUUGAGGUCGUUACCUUAGGUGGCCGAACUGCUCCCCUCGCCUCCACCUCUGUAUCCAGCUCAGAGUCUCUAAGAUGGCCCACUGUUGGGAGGUAUAAAGUUGAUAUAGCAUCAUUCGAGUCAUUGGCAUUGCCAGAAUUGCAGGUUGAAAAAGAUACAGAUCUCUUCAUCAUAGAUGAGGUUGGGAAGAUGGAAUUGUAUAGUUCGUCAUUUUUUCCGGCAGUUCUGAGGGUCUUGGAAUCAAAUAUUCCAGUUGUGGCUUCGAUCCCCAUUCCCAAGUUUGGUCGGGAUAUACCUGGAGUUGCAAGGCUGAGAAAUCAUCGAGGGGCAACCAUAUUUAYGUUGGAUCCAAGUAACAGGGAUGGUGCUAGAGAGCAAAUUCAUGGGCAGGUGUUAAACAUGCUGGAACAGCACCAUUAGGUGCUUCAACCUAAGCCUAAGCCAGUUUCUUCCAGUCAGAAAUGCUUAGCCAAAACCAUGUGCAUCAAUCUUGUGAUCUUUAUUUAUGCCAUAUUGGUGAGUGGGGCACUGUGGUUUGUCCAUAACUUUAUGAUUCAAAAAUAAUUCCAGACGCUUUUAUUGUUUGCAAAAUCUAUAAAUUAUAUUCUUUUGGUUGAACUUUACAGUGAGUUUUAAUGAGUGAAGAUUGUAUUUAUCUGUCGUAUUUAUUAUUUGUAAAGCUGACUCCGGUGGCUGCUAAAACUCUCUCUACUGUAGACUCUACUUGAUAAAUUUGUAAUAAAUUCAUGGACCAAUAAGCACAUGCAAA